GAUCGAUUGUUUCUGCCUGGUAGAAUUGUCACAUGGUCUAUCAAGGUCGCCUUUACUGUCAAGCUACGGAAGGGAUUUGUCUGCAGUCAGUGUACAUUGGUACAGCACACGGCACAAUACUUUAUAGGAACUGAUUGAGAGUUCUGCCGAGGAUGUCUCUCCGUGUUGGCCUAAAGCUGUUGAGCUUAUGUAGAUUUACAAGAAGACCAAUUUUCCUGAGAACACUAAACAUGACACAUGGAAAUGAGAUCACAAAUAACAAAUCCGGCCAUGUCGACAAGAGAACUCCAGAUUUAAACAGUUUUGUUUCACGAUCGCACACCUGUGGGGAACUGUGCUCCACUCAUAUUGGACAAGAUGUGACUCUCUGUGGAUGGCUCCAGUAUCAGAGGAAUGAUCUGUUUGUGAUCUUACGAGAUUUCCAUGGACUGACCCAGAUUAUUCUUCCUCAGGAUGAGUCCGGAUUUCAACUUAAAACUUUGCUGAAUGAGGCUCCCUUGGAAUCAGUGGUGUUGGUAAGAGGUACCGUCAUCCGGCGCCCACCUGGUCAAGAGAACCCAAAAAUGCAGACGGGAGAAAUAGAAGUCCAGGCAAAGCAAGCGUAUGUACUUAAUCCAUGCAAGAAGCUGCCUUUUGAAAUUAAGGAUGCGGUUAAGAAAUCAGAAGCUCUGAGAAUGCAAUAUCGGUACCUGGAUAUACGUAGUGCUCAGAUGCAACACAAUUUAAGACUCCGCUCCAAAAUGGUGAUGAAGAUGAGAGAGUAUUUGUGUAAUCUUCAUGGUUUUGUGGAUGUGGAAACACCAACCUUAUUCAAGAGAACUCCAGGGGGUGCUAAGGAAUUUGUGGUACCCAGCCGAGAGCCAGGCAAAUUUUACUCUCUGCCUCAGAGCCCACAGCAAUUUAAGCAGCUUCUUAUGAUUGGAGGCAUAGACAGAUACUUUCAGGUAGCAAGAUGCUAUCGAGAUGAAGGUUCAAAACCAGAACGACAACCAGAAUUCACACAGGUAGAUAUUGAGAUGUCAUUUGUGGACCAGGUUGGAAUCCAGCGCCUGAUAGAGGGUCUCUUGCAGUAUUCAUGGCCUGAGGAGAAGGGACCCCUUGAAAUACCCUUCCCAGUAAUGAGCUAUGCGGAAGCCAUGAGCAGUUAUGGAUGUGAUAAACCCGACACUCGCUUCCAGAUGAAGAUCAUAGACGUAACAUCAUGUCUCAGGUCAGCAGAACUAGUAUUUGUGCAGGAGAGUCUGAGUAAACCCUGCGGAUGCGUAAAAGCUAUUCGGAUUCCAAGUGGAGCAAAAUUCCUGAAGAGAAAAGACCUUGAUUCUAUGAAGCAACUUGUCAAAGGCUUGUACAAUCAGGAUGUGAUGCCUAUAACCAUUACGUCUGAUGGUAGCUGGAAAUCUGCACUUGGAAAACACCUGACCGAAGAAAUACGGAAAAAUCUCAUAGUAGAAACUGGAGCAGAGAAUGGGGACAUCAUCCUGCUUGCGUCUGGGGAACAUAAUAGCGCUUGCACAGCUUUAGGAAAGCUUCGUCUUGAGGUUGCAUCUCGGCUGGAGGACUGUGGGAUUAAUGUUCGUGACCCAGCUGCUUAUAACUUUUUGUGGGUAGUGGACUUCCCCCUCUUUCUCCCCAAAGAAGAUAACGCUCAAGAGCUAGAAUCUGCUCAUCACCCAUUUACUGCUCCCAACCUUGAGGAUAUGGAGCUGCUGUACACAGAUCCAGCUAAGGUUCGCAGCCAGCAUUAUGAUUUGGUUCUGAACGGAAGUGAAAUAGGAGGUGGCUCCAUUCGCAUUCAUAAUUCAGACCUUCAGCAGUGGGUUCUGCAGCAUGUGUUAAAGGAAGAUGUCAGUCUACUGUCUCAUCUCCUAGAAGCUUUACAUUCCGGAGCACCACCACAUGGUGGGAUUGCCUUAGGACUGGAUCGUCUCAUUGCCAUUAUUGUUGGGUCACCUACUAUUCGUGAUGUUAUUGCUUUCCCUAAAUCCUUUCGAGGUCGAGACCUUAUGAGCAAUGCCCCUGAUUUUGUAUCAUCUGAAGAUCUUCAACCAUAUCACAUUCAGGUCACAUAUCGUCCUGGUGCAGGGACUGAAGAGACCGGAGAGCCAAGUGCAUGAUUCCAUUUUGGAGCAAAUUUAGGAGAACAAGCAAAUUUGGCACUGAACAGUUUGACUUUUGAGGUCUAUGCUUGAUACCUCGGCGUUCUAAGUGCAUUCCACUUACAAGGAUUUCAUUCCAUUUAUGGGUUCAAGGAUUAUGGAAGUAAACAAAUGCCCAAAUUAAAUAUAAUUGGUUGAAAGGUGCCAUACCUAUACAGGCUCUUUUAAAAACCUAUAUUAGCAGAACUUGAUGGUUCAUAAAUACCCUCAGACUUAUAUUGUUUCACUCCAAGCACUGUGAUAUUGACUUUUUGAGAACCAUUUGUUUUCCUCUAAAUCAUUAUGCAAUGCAAUGAUAAACUGAUUUUUUUGUAGUGCCUUAUAUUUUUUGGGUCAGUUACUUAAAUUGUUUACACUUAGUACUAUAUAUAUUUUUUUUUAACUAUUUUAUAACUGUCUUUAGAGAUAUCUGGUUAACAAAUAUGAGUACAUUUGAAUGUUUUUGCCCAAUUAUGGCUAUGAUGAAAUGUGCAUGAACAAACAACUCUAAAACAGGACUUGACACAUUUAUGACAUGGUUACACACUCAGAGUGUAAGAAAAACUUUUGUUCUCUUUAUAUUACAUAUGGAAAACUUAUCUAAAAAGUGUUUCUGAUUGGUAUAAUGUUGGUAGAGGUUUUUAUUAGGAAAUAUGUGUCAAAUAAAUGCCGUGAAGAGUUGCAAACAACAGGUUUUGGACUGCAGUGUAAAAUCCUCAAAUCUGAACCCACGAAAGUUACCACUUUGUGAUACAACUUGGUGCUUUCCUGUCAAUUAAAAGGGUAAGAUCAGUGUUGCAUGUGCUUUACAAGUCAUUUAGGGAUUAAAUCACUGUUAAAUAUGUGUAUCACUGGCAAACAAGACGUUGCAUUAUGCUGUGUUACUCUUAACUAAUGGGUUAAACCUGUACUUGUGUUAUAUGGUGGUUCCGUCAGUGUUUAAUAAGGAUGUAAUAAAAAAUCUUUGUUUUUCGGCA